AUGGCGGACCAAUCACGAUGCUUCAAAUUGAGGCUUAAUGAUGGACGACUCAAAAGAUUUAGAAUUAGCGGCUCUGAGAACCAAGCUAGAUAUAUUAAAUUAAAGGACAUAAUAGCAGUUCGUAGGGACGCGGCCGCCUGCGCCAGGACCAGCGGCGACAUAGCCACCUGCACCGAGACCAGUGACCAGAUGCAGCCGCUCACGCCGGGCCAGUGCUGUUUUUCAAACCAGACGUUAACAAAGAAACCGACGCAAGUACCGAUAUGGGGAAGGCGGAUGACGUGGAGAUCGCGGAGGCCGCGGAAGAAACAUAGAAACAUCCAGAUUUAA